GGCUGUGACUAUUUGGUUGUCGCCAAUAACAACCCAGCAUUGCUCCCGCUCGCUGGCUAGCGCCUGAGAGCGACAGUCAACUACACCAAUGGAACCUUGAGAGAAGUCUAAGGGACAGCCCAAGUGACCAAUCGCCAUGAAGUACCUGUGGGGAGGGCGGGAUUUUGAGUACGGAAGCUGUCCCGGGACAUGAGGAAAGGAAAGAGGAAAACACCGGUGAAGGGGUAAAGCAGGCAGGUUCCCUCGACCCAGGACCCUGUUCCCAGGCUAUGGCCCCCAGUGCCCCGUAGACCUGGCGGGCCUCCAGUGCUUGCGGCCCCUAUCUGGGGGUCUGGGUGCCUACUGGAGGGCCCUGCAGAGGGGCAGAGAAGGCAGAACCAUGGCAUCUAGGGCUUCUGACCUUCCCCCGGGGCGCAGCGUGACGGCAGGCAUCAUCAUUGUUGGAGAUGAGAUCCUCAAGGGACACACUCAGGACACCAACACCUACUUUCUGUGCCGGACGCUGCGCUCCCUGGGGGUCCAGGUGUGCCGAGUCUCUGUCGUGCCUGACGAGGUCGCCACGAUCGCCGCGGAGAUCACCUCUUUCUCCAGCCGCUUCACGCACGUGCUCACCGCGGGCGGCAUCGGCCCCACUCACGAUGAUGUGACCUUUGAGGCAGUGGCGCAGGCCUUUGGGGAUCAGCUCAAGCCACACCCCGAGCUGGAGGCGGCCAUCAAAGCCUUUGGAGGGGAGGGCUGGGAGAAGCUGUCGCUGGUGCCCUCCUCCGCCCGCCUGCAUUACGGCACAGACCCUCGCACUGGCCGGCCCUUCCGCUUCCCGCUGGUCUCUGUCCGAAACGUCUACCUCUUCCCCGGCAUUCCAGAGCUGCUGAGGCGCGUGCUGGAGGGGCUGAAGGAACUGUUCCAAAACACAGCUGUCCAAUUCCACUCGCGGGAACUGUACGUGGCCGCCGCCGAGGCCUCUAUCGCCCCCAUCCUGGCGGAGGCCCAGGCCCACUUUGGGCAUAGGCUCGGCCUGGGUUCCUACCCUGACUGGGGUAGCAACUACUACCAGGUGAAACUGACUCUAGAUGCGGAGGAGGAAGGGCCCUUGGAGGAAUGCCUGGCCUACCUGACUGCCCGCCUGCCCCAGGGGUCACUGGUCCCCUACCUGCCCAACGCGGUGGAGCAGGCCGGCGAAGCUGUGUACAAGCUCGCUGAAGCAGGGUCUUCUCUGGGGAAAAAGGUGGCCGGCGCCUUACAGACCAUUGAGAGUGCCCUGGCCCGGUACAGCCUCACGCAGCUCUGCGUGGGCUUCAACGGGGGCAAGGACUGCACGGCCCUCCUGCACCUCUUCCACGCGGCUGUGCAGAGGAAGUUCCCUGACGUUCCAAAACCCCUCCAGAUCCUGUACAUCCGCAGCAUCUCCCCGUUCCCUGAGCUGGAGCAGUUUCUGCAGGACACCAUUAAGAGGUAUAACCUGCAGGUGUUGGAGGCUGAGGGCGACAUGAAGCAGGCCCUGGGCGAGCUGCAGGCACAGCACCCCCAGCUGGAGGCCGUCCUGAUGGGCACGCGCCGCACUGACCCCUACUCCUGUAGCCUCUGCCCUUUCAGUCCCACGGACCCAGGCUGGCCCUCGUUCAUGCGCAUCAACCCACUGCUGGACUGGAGCUACAGAAACAUCUGGGACUUUCUGCGUCAGCUGUUUGUCCCCUACUGCAUCCUGUAUGACCGAGGGUACACAUCGCUGGGGAGUCAAGAGAACACAGUACGGAACCCGGCCCUGAAGUCCCUGAGCCCAGGGGGACAGCCCAGCUACCGCCCAGCCUACCUACUGGAGAAUGAAGACGAGGAGCGGAACUCCCGCAUGUGACUCUGACCUCCCGCGGGUGCCCAGAGGGGCAGGAGGAGGCGUCCUGGGGUGUGACCUGUCAAUAAACGGUGCCUCUCACUGUG